AUGCUUCAAAUGAUUGUUGAUGAAAAUAACCAUCCAAACAAUGUUAUAUUAGCAGUGUCAAAAAAGAGCAAGGAUACUGAGGAGGAUCUAAAAGUAAAGGGUCAUAUAAAUGCCACAUUUGUAAUGAGUAAAGGAGGUAGAAAUAGAGAUAGAGAUAUAGAACAAACAGUAACAUAG